CUUUCGUCGUCUUCGUCUCGCGAAUCAUACGUUUGAUUCUUUGUCGCUGUUGGUUUGGUAAGCAGCUCAUGGAGCAUGCGACCGAUUCUUCAGCUUCGGCCGCUGUCGAAGGAGAGGAGGAAGAAGAGGAGGUGGAGGAGGAAGUGAUGAGUGAAGUGCACAUCGGUUGCCCUCCUCGCUCCUCUGGGCCCCACCUCUCGAGUUUCACCAUCUCCGUUCCGCCUGUGGAUGAAUUUGCAGAACACCGAGGAGCCGUAGUCGACCAGGACGGUGAUCUCGUUGUAGCAAGGCGAGACAAACCAUCUUCACAUUGUUUUAGUGUGAUCAUACAGCAUAAUAUCACAUCUUCUAUACCGAAUGUCGGGUUGCAGGUGUGGAAAGCUGAGCUAGCAUUAUCUGAUUUUGUGUUGCAUGCCAUGUCCACUUCUUCUGAGUUUGAUAGAGUCGUUGUGUUGGAGCUUGGUGCCGGAACAGGGUUGGUUGGCAUACUGCUCUCUCGUGUAGCUAAGACAGUAUUUCUCACAGAUCAUGGAGAUGAAAUCCUUAACAAUUGUGCGAAGAAUGCCGAGCUCAACGAUGGAGUUCUAAACUACAAGGCUACAGUUCAUGUACGUGAGCUAAAUUGGGUGAAUUAUUGGCCUCCUAAUGUAUGCACAGAAGUUUCUGAAUCACAAGCGAGGUACUCUUGGACAUCCUCUGAAGUGGAAGAAGCUGAAAGCUCUUCUUUGAUUUUAGCUGCUGAUGUCAUCUACAGUGAUGAUCUAACCGAUGCAUUGUUCUGUACCUUACAAAGACUAAUGUCACGAGGAUCAGAAAAGGUACUAUACUUGGCUUUGGAAAAGCGUUAUAACUUCAGCCUCGAUGAUCUAGAUGUGGUUGCGAAUGGUUACUCCCACUUCUUAAGUUAUGUCAGAAUUGAAGGUGAUGUUGCAGGCUGCGAGGUCAAUGAACGCAAGUCAUUGCCCAGUUUUGUUGGCAAAUGCGUUGAUCUCACUAAAGUUCCACAGUACGUUUCGCACUAUGACCGAGGAAGUGACGUCGAGAUAUGGAAGAUCAGGUACAACAGAGGAGGAAACCAUCAAGCCCGAACCUUCCAUCGAGCCAGCGAUGCCAUUUCUAUAAGAAACCAGUAGCUAUUCAACUUCUGAUCUUACCAGUUUUGCCAUAGAGAAAAGGUCCAGAGAGCUUCAGUCAUCCAAAUUCACAAUGUCGGGUUCAUCUUCUUUUUCUCUGAUUCGCUCCAAAUUUCCGGCUGUGUCGUCCUUAGCUUCCUGAUCCGCAC